UGCAUUUUGUGCUUACAGUUUGUAAUUUUGAUCGACGAACGAGAAACUUUUACAAUUGCUUCACAUUCAUAAAAUGUCAUUUUUCAUUCGCAAAAAUCAACGUGGUGCCAAACGCAAGAACGGAGCAACGGUCACUGACAGCAGACCCAAAACUUAUAAAGAAAAAAAGCGUUUGGCUCAUGACGACGAGAUUUCUAGCCACUCCGAAGGAGAAAAUGACGAUUCAAAAGUCUACUCAGAAUCUGAAGACGAAGAGACGGUGCAAGAAAAGAGACUCAGGCUAACGAAAGAGUACAUUCAAGAAAUCGAAAAUCAGGAACGUUUAAGAAGAGAGGAGGAAGAUAUUGACAAAUCAAUUAUUGCUCAUAGACUGAAAGAAGAUUUACUUGAACAAAGUGGAAGACUGAGAAGAACUGUUGCAGAUUCAUAUGAAAAGAUUGAUGAAACUUUGAUCAAACAUUUGCAUUGCAAAGAUCACAAGCAACCCAUCACGUGUUUGACAAUAUCACCUGAUUGUCAGUCCCUUUUUACUGCAUCAAAGGAUUGCACAAUUGUCAAAUGGUCUCUUGUAGAAUUCAAAAAAGUUGCUGUGAUCAAGAGGGUUGAAAAAAAAGCUUCCCGUGAAAUCAAGGGCCACAAGACUGUAGUUCAAAGUCUUACUAUUUCCUCUGAUGGAAAAUUCUUGGCUAGCGGUGAUCUAGAAAAUCAGGUUCACAUUUGGGAUCCCAUCACAAUGAAGUGGUUGCACACAUUUAAAGGACAUAGAGCUGGUAUUACCGGUUUAGUUUUUCGUCGAGGUACCCAUACGUUGUAUAGUGCUUCAAUGGAUCGUACUGUGAAAAUAUGGAAUUUGGAUGAAAUGUCUUACGUAGAAACACUAUUAGGUCAUCAAGAUGCCAUCACUUCCAUCGAUGCCUUGACCAAAGAACGAGCCAUUACGGCAGGCGGGCGGGAUAAUUCUGUGCGUGUUUGGAAGAUACCCGAAGAAUCGCAGCUUAUUUUUAAUGGACAUCAAGGAUCCAUCGACUGCGUUCGUCUCGUAAAUGAAGAUCACUUCGUCAGUUGCGGAGAUGAUGGGAUGCUGUCAUUGUGGGGGUCUCAAAAGAAAAAACCACUGUUUAGUAUACCCAACGCCCACGGAGUCGAUGAAUCGAAUAACCAAGCCAAUUGGAUAUCUUCCGUUGCUGCUCUGACGAAUACAGACCUUAUUGCAUCAGGAUCCCAAGACGGUUUCAUUCGUCUCUGGAAAUGCGGUGAAAAUUUCCGUAAUUUGUCGCCGCUUAUGAGUGUCCCAGCUUGCGGGUUCGUGAAUUCAUUGGCUUUUUCCUCCGAUGGUAAGAUGUUAAUCGCUGGUCUCGGACAAGAACACCGACUUGGUAGGUGGUGGCGGAAUGGAUCGUCUAAAAACGAAAUCCUUAUCAUUCCGCUCAAGCAACAUGAAAAAUCAUGACCUUGUGCGAUUAAAUAAAAAAAAUUGUUGAAUUCAAAA